GCUGUGGUUGCACGCACCGCCCGCGGCGGUAUGGGGAGCCCGAGGCGUCUGCUGCUGGUGUCCAACUCCACCCUGCACGGAGGGGGGUACCUGGGCCACUGCCAGGAGCACAUCAAGAGCUUCCUCGGGGAGAAGGUGAAGCGGGUGCUGUUCGUUCCCUACGCCCUGCACGACCGCGAUGCCUACGCCAGGACCGCGAGGGCGAAGUUUGAAAGCUUGGGUUAUGGGCUGGACAGCAUUCAUGAAUCUUGUGAUCCAGUGGAAGCUGUAAGGAAAUCUGAAGCAAUAUUUAUCGGAGGUGGAAACACAUUCCGUCUCCUGAAAGCUCUCUACGACAACAGUUUGAUACAGGAGAUCAGAAAAAGAGUUCUUGAGGAUGGGAUUCCUUACAUGGGAUCCAGCGCAGGAACUAAUGUCGCUACCAUCAGCAUCAAUACUACCAAUGAUAUGCCAAUUGUUUAUCCACCUUCCCUGCAGGCCCUAGGCUUAAUUCCUUUUAAUAUUAACCCCCACUAUCUGGACCCAGAUGUUAAAAGCAGUCACAUGGGUGAGACAAGAGAGGAAAGAAUUCGCCAGUAUCAUGAAGAACCAAACACCCCUCCAGUUCUGGGCUUGCGGGAAGGUGCGAUGCUGCUAGUGGAAGGAGACAAAGCCACCUUGCAAGGAGUGACAGGAGCACGCCUGUUUUUGAGGGGUAAGAAACCAACUGAACAUGAGCCUGGAACAGAUUUCAGUUUCCUCCUGAUUGACAGUAAUCUUCAGAAUCUGUAGCCUUGUAUAUUCUGCAGCAAAAGUCACUAAAUGGGGACACAAUGAGGAGGGAGGGAAGGGAUGCUUCUAGUCCCAGGGUGGGUGAAAAACCGUAUCUUUAUAAAUAAAUAUGCAGUAAUAGGCUCUUUUUCCCACCCUAAUUCAUGUCUCAAGAUAUCUCUCCUUCCCAGCAAAAGGACAAUUUUUCUUGCAAUACCUGAGUAAUCAUAGCUAUUCUUAGCCUGAAAGGGUCUGUAUUUUCAUGUAGCCACUUCCAUUCCUUCUCCACCAAAUGUUUAACACAUUUAAGACAGGACACAGAGUCAGCUGUUCCUGCUGCCUAGCUUUACCUGCUAAAUUAAAGAAUUGUUAGUUUAGUGUAUUCCCACACAUUUAACUUCAUUUUUCCACUAUUAAUAAAGGGAGAAGUUAUGCAUUCAAUUACUUUUAUUUGCUUCAAACUCAUGUUAAAUAUAUACAAUGCUAAUUAUAUACAAAAGUGUGCAUGUUAAAAAUUUCAGGUUACAAACUUGCAAAUCCUAGAAAAGUGCAAAAUUUUAAAACAUCUU